AUGGCUUUGUGGUGGAGAUUAUAUCUUCCAAAACCGUUAGACGCUCCCCCACCUGCAAGCGCUCCGACAAAAAAAAAACCAUCAGCAGCAGUGCCAGUUGGUCCAGUUCUCGCUUCAUCUUGUAAAGAACUACUGGAGAGGAACAGUUCUCUCCCAAAUGGUGUUUACAAGUUGCAAAAUAUUUUCUCGCUCGAGCAAUACGACGUUUAUUGUCACAUGGAUGCAAUAUCAGGGUGUGGAGGAGGAGGCUGGACCCUAGUGAUGAAAAUUGAUGGCAAUCAGAACGAUUUCAACUAUAACUCUCCAUACUGGAUCAACAAGGCAGCCUACGAAGUGGAAGAUGGUCUUGAAGGCUUGACAGAAAAACAAACAAAGCUUGCUUCCUACUGGAACACACCGUUCAACAAGAUUUGCCUCGGAAUGAAAGUCAACAGUGAGACAAGAUGGAUAGCGCUGGAUUACGACGCAAGUUCGUUAUACAACGUGAUCAGAUAUGGAAGUUUUAAAAGGCUUAGCACAGCCGCAGGGAGGGGUGCAUGGGGAUCUCUUAUCAAUGGUUCAGCUUUGCAGCCUAAUUGUAACCAAGAAGGAUUUAGUAUUGAUAUAAGAUAUGCAGCAUCACAUUUUUCAACCUAUGUUCGAGUCCGAAUUGGUAUUGUGGCAAAUAAUGAAAACGACUGCAAAAGUUGUGACUCGUGUAUUGGUUUUGGUACUUCAGCUCAAUGUAACAAUGAUAUAAGAGGCACAACAUGCGGUAAUAUGGGCAUUUGUGGUCAGGUAAACAACAUAAACAUAGCCGCAUUUGGAUUCAUACUUGUAAAUUAG